GAGAUUCGGCAUGAAACUUGUGAAAUUCUGAUCUUCCAUGUAGGAAAUAGGCCGUACCCGAAUGCGAAGCCUUUGUUCUUGCUGAUAACAAACGACCAAUCAUGUCAGAUGGUAUUGGGCAAAAGCAGAAUUAGAAGGAAGCCAUGGAAGCCAAGCACAUAAUUUUGGUUGCCCAAGGAUUGUGUGGAAUCACAGCCUGUAUACAAUUGCUGGGAUGGUGUGUAUAUUAUCGUGGUGGCAUUGCCUUCAUAUCAUCCAAUAAAGACCGUAUCUCAAAUGUGCAUGCUGUUUUUACUUUUGUAGGGCUAAUUUUCAUACCAAGUGAAGCAAUUUUAGCUUACAAACUUUUGCCACUGAGACAUAGAGUCAGAAAAUCAGUACAUUUGACAGCUCUAUUGAUAGCCAUGGUACUUGGAGCUAUUGGAAUAAAUGCUGCAUUUACAUUCCAAAGGCAAAGUGGAAUUCUUGAAAUUCUAUACAGCUUGCAUUCAUGGUUGGGUGCGGGCACUAUCUUUUUAUUCAUUUUCCAGUGGUUGGUGGGAUUACUUUGUUUCUUGUACCCUCGUUUGUCAAAGAGUAGCAGGUCUAGUUUUCUUCCAUGGCACAGAAAUUUUGGGGUGUUCAUCUAUAUGAUGAUGAUACUUACAGCUGUGACUGGAUUCACAGAGAAGCUCACUCUAUUUGAAGCAGAAGGAUUAGCCAGGUUUAGUUUAGAAGCUAUUUUGGUGAAUAUUACUGCUCUGGUUGUAAUUCUAUUUGGAACAUUGGUUGUUUUGUCUGUCAUGCUUCCAUGAAUGAGAAUGAUGGAGGUAUACAAUAGGGUGUGUAGAGUUCAUGAGUUUUUUUCAAAGUCAUUCUGAUUAGAGUAAUUGGGCUAGAGCCUGAGUUCAAGUUAUAAAAUAUUUAUAGGUCAUGUUUACAAAUUAAUAAGUAAAAACUCUAUCUUACAAGAUCUUUAUAUAAUUGUUUAUCAAAUUCUAUAUAAUCAAUCUUAAGUUA